AUGUGGGAGGUCUUGCCAGCAUGUGACGCGCGCCAAGGCGGCUGGCCUGGUGGCGAGGUCGCGCUGUGGCAGCUGCGAGCAGCACUCGUGGAGGAGGAGAGGGAGCGGCGGGAGACGGACAGGCGCCGAUCGGCCGAGGCGUCGGACGGCACGGGGCGCGAGGUGGCGCUGCCUGAGGCGCGGGACGGCCUGGCUCUCGUCUAUGUGGGUCACGGAAAGAGCGGCCGGCAGCCGCGCAAGGCGGGCGCCCUGGGCCGCUUCAUACUGGAUGACCCCGCCAAGUACCCAUCAAAGGAGGACCUGGGAUUUUUCGCCGGCGCGACCGGCGGCUUUGCGGCCGGGGAGAAGGGGCUCGCCCAGUUUGUGAGAGACGGCGAGCUGCGCCUGCGCCGCGCCGGCCAGCCUGGCGGCCGCGAGGCCAGCGCCGUCGCGGCCGCGGGGCUGCUGGCCGCCGCGGGCUGCGGCGGUGGGCUGUUGCUCAACGGCAUCGCUGACCUGGCGGAGGGGCCUGUGAAGGCUGAGAUCUGGCGGGCUCCGAUUGACGACACAACCAAGGCGCUCAUGCUGGCGGCCGCCUACGCGCUCGCCGCCGCGGGCCUCUCCGCCGUCGGCCGCGCGCUCUACCUAUCGCUUUCGCGCCGCUUCGCCACGGACGCCCAGGGGUUGGUCGCGGCGGGCGGUGUGUGGGUCGGCACCUUUGUGGCCGCGCGCGCUGUGCUCGACUUGUGA